AAAGGUUAUCAUUACAAAUAAGGAUAACAUUUGCAAAAAAACGGCUUUAAAACUUUAUAAAAGUUUGCUUGUCUAAAAUCAUGGUCAGUUUCAAAAUAAUACAAUGGCAACCAACAAAUACCAACUACCUUCACCAUAUGUUACUGCCUCACCAUUACAACCAACAGAAGACGAAGUUUAUUAUAGACAUUUGGACGACUUGAAAUUAGAAUCACCCAAACAAAACACCAAAUACGGUGUAGCUAUUUUUGGCGUUGGACGUGCAGGCACAAUUCAUUUGAGAAACAUACUUAACAAUAGAAGACUGGAUUUGUUGUAUAUCGUCGAGGAUGAAGAAGACAGACUUGAGAAAAUUGAAAAAUAUUAUUGCCUUGAUCCUAAAAGUGUAAGACUGAUUAGUGGGAAGCAAAGUUCUUUAGUGUACAGCGAUCCUAAAGUACGCUUUGUGGUUGUAUCAACGCCUACUGAUACACACGAAGCGAUCAUAGAUCAAGCCUUGAAGCAUAACAAAGCUGUGUUUUGUGAAAAACCAAUCUCAAGCGAUGUAGGAGUUACCGUUAAGUUGUUUGCCCUGGCUCGCCAAGUUAACCAACCCCUGUUCAGUGCUUUUAACAGACGUUUCGACCCAUCAUAUGCCAAUAUCAGGAAGAGAGUUAGAGCUGGUGAAGUGGGCAAGGUACUAACUGUCAAAGUAUGCAACCGGGAUGCACCCAUGCCCUCAUUAGAAUUUUUGAAGAUAUCAAGUGGUGUCUUCUACGAUGCCUUCGUUCAUGACGUCGAUCUAGUCCUAUAUUCACUGGGGGAACUACCCGACAAGGUUGUGUCUUUUUCGCAUGCCACCGUCCCUGAAAUCAAGGCCCUUGGCGACUACGACAAUGUUUCGGUUCUUUUGUCGUUUCCCAGUGGCACAAACGGGAUAAUAGAUCUUUGUCGACAAUGUAGCUAUGGUAAUGAACAACGAUUGGAAGUUUUUGGUGAAAAAGGAAUGCUUAAGGCGGAAAACAGAGCUGCAUUGGGCAACGUCGAACUGUACACGUUAGAAGCUGUCAGCAAAGGUCCCAUUGACUAUUCAUUUCCAUCCAGGUAUAAGGAGGCCUACGAAAGGGAAUUACAGCAUUUUGUAGACGUUCUUGAUGGCACUGCAACGAUUUUGGUUACCGAAAAAACUACAAUGGCCGUUUCCAAGAUAGCCACUGCCGUGGAGGAGUCCGCCAGAACAGGGAAAAUCGUACAACUGAGAUGGACAGCAGAUGAAGCCAUUGAAUAAGAAUUUUUUUAGAAAAAUUGAAUGUCUAAAUAAAUUUAUAGAAUAAAGACUGUGUUUAAAAUAAAUUGAUAA